GGUGAUUUGAAAUUACGCACUGUAGAAAAUUUGGAGGAGUAUGUCAAGAAAGAUGAGAGGUUGCCCAUGUUUCUAUCAAGAAUUCAUGACAGUGGUGCCAAAGUAUUCCUUUUGACAAACAGCGAUUAUCGUUUUACUGAUAAAAUUAUGACCUUUUUAUUUGACUUCCCACAUGGAGCUAGG